AUGGGAGGAAAGAUAAGAAUUUUGGUAUUUACAUUGCCAAUAGUUGAACAUUUGAUGAUGAAUAAUAAUCAAUCCGAUAAUGAUCAGCAUCAUCCGUCUGCAAUAGUUCUCACUUUUGAGACGAGGACUAUUGAAGACGUUAAUAAAGAUUUUCAGACAGUUGGAACAGAUUUAAAUGUUAUUGCUAUGGAUCAUGGUGAUGUUAUUGUUACCAGACAAGCAUCAACAAGAACAAUAAGUUGUGAUAUUUUUAUUAGCAAUCUUCAAUGUUUAAAACAAUUAAUUACCAAUUCUUUGAUUGUAUUAAAUAAUGUCAAAUAUGUUGUUUUGCAUUCUGUUGAUAUUAGUGAUGACGUAUUACCAACUGAAUCGAAGAAGAAUCUUGAUUAUAUUCUAACAAAUAUCUAUAAAUAUGGAGAACUAGAGCCGCAGCUUAUUAUAGUGCAUCCUACUCAGUUAUUUGGUUGGAUGAAAGAUUUAAUAAUAAACUUUACAUCCGGUAAAGAAUUUCAAAUAAUUGAUAAUUUCUAUAAUUUAUCAAUGUCCCUUAAAAACGACUUGAGCUCAUUUGACAAGUACUAUUCGGUUAUUGAAAAUAAGCAAAAUUUAGCUACAGAAAACAGGAAAUCAAUCCGAAAAAUUAGCUCAUCCUCAACGGAUGGUGAUGACUAG